UGUGUGUGUGUGUGUGUGUGUGUGUGUGUGUGUGUGUGUGUGUACAGCAGUAGUGGUGGCUGAGUGAGGUUCAUUGAACCAGCCGGACACACACUUGUUGGACCAACACUACCACCAACACUGCUACCUCCCACUCCAAGAUGCGUCUAGUGAUUCUUGAUGACAAGGAAAGGGUGUCAGAAUGGGCAGCGAGGUAUGUUAUCAAGAGGAUCAAUGAUUUCAAUCCUGGCCCAGAGAAGUUCUUCGUCCUAGGCUUGCCUACAGGUAGCACCCCACAGGGCACCUACAAGAAGCUUGUGGAGUAUCACAAAGCUGGCAAAAUCUCUUUCAAAUAUGUCAAGACCUUCAAUAUGGAUGAAUAUGUUGGUAUUCCCCGGAAUCACAGUCAAAGCUACCAUACUUUCAUGUGGGAGAAUCUCUUCAAGCACAUUGACAUUGACCCAGCCAAUGCUCACAUCCUCAAUGGCAAUGCAGAAAACUUAGAACAAGAGUGCCAGAAUUAUGAGCAGAAGAUCAGAGAAGCAGGAGGAAUUGAGCUCUUCAUUGGAGGAAUUGGACCUGAUGGUCACAUUGCCUUUAACGAACCUGGCUCCAGUUUGGUGUCCCGUACACGUGUCAAAACACUCAACCAAGAAACCAUUACAGCAAAUGCACGUUUUUUUGGUGAUGACAUAUUACAAGUACCCAAGCAGGCACUGACUGUGGGUGUUGGCACUGUUAUGGAUGCCAGGGAGGUGAUGGUGUUGAUCACUGGAUCACAUAAGGCAUAUGCCCUUCACAUGGCCAUUGAGGAGGGUGUAAAUCACAUGUGGACAGUGUCAGCCUUCCAGCAGCAUCCACGGACGAUUAUGUUAUGUGAUGAAGAUGCAACACUAGAGCUCAAGGUCAAAACUGUCAAGUACUUCAAGGACUUAUGGACAGUGCACUGCAAGCUCAUAGAUGAUCCAAUGAUGGCAACGUUUACAUAACUUGAAGAAAAUUCAUUGUUCUUAAUAGCUUUUGGUUUGAUGACUUGAAUUCCUUUUACAGUCAAUAACUAGUAGUCAUUUUGUUAAUGUUUAUCGGAAAAUGUAGUAAUGGUAUAAUAUAAUCAUCUGCACUAGUUUUCUAUAAUUCAACAACUAAAUUUGUGAUUUUUAAACACUAAUUUCUUUACUUAAAGAGUUGAUGCCUUGCAAUGUAGUUUUAAGAAUAUAUAGAUCUGGAAUGUACAGUGUACAGUGCAAUACAGUAUAAGGAAGUUUAAUUCCAGCAUCUUUGAAGAGGGUUAUUUUUAAAAUGCCCUAUUUCAAUCAAUCUGUGAGAGAAUGCCUUAGGUAUACUGUUAUACUGAUGCUAUUACAGUACUGUAUAUAAUACAGUCUAUAUUAUUAUUUCAAAUUUAAAUGUUAGAGAAUGUAUUUUUGUAUUACAUUAUAAGUUUAUAGUGUCUGUCAAAUAUAUCAUAGUUUGAUUAUUAUAUUUGCUUCCUUGCUUAGCUUUUUCAUGUAUUGUUAUUCCUGUUAACAUACAUACAUAUACACAUAUACAUAUACACAUAUACAUAUACACAUACAUAUACACAUAUGCAUAUACACAUAUACAUAUACACAUAUACAUAUACACAUAUACAUAUACACAUAUACAUAUACACAUAUACAUAUACACAUAUACAUAUACACAUAUACAUAUACACAUACACAUAUAUACAUACAUACA